AUGAGAAAGGUGGGACGAUGCUUGAAGUGGCGGAGCUUGUGGAACAAUGCGGAACUGAGUUCUGCUGGGAAGUUGGGGGAGGAGGAGGAAGAGGCAGCUGCGGUUGUAGGUCAAGGUGCUGCUGCAGGCGGUGGAGCAACUGCUGGAGCUGGAGGAGGAGGUGCCAGAGCUGCUGCUGGUGCUGCUGUUGCUGCGGUUGCUGCUGUUGCUGCUGCUGCUGUUGCUGCGGAGGAGGAGGAGGAGGAGGAGGAGGAGGAGGAGGAGGAGGAGGAGGAGGAGGAGGAGGAGGAGGAGGAGGAGGAGGAGGAGGAGGAGGAGGAGGAGGAGGAGGAGGAGGCUGAGGUAGAGAGAAGGGUUGACUCGGGGCAUGGUGUGCGGUAUGUGCUGUCAGGCGUGCGGUAUGUGCUGUCAGGUGUGCGGUAUGUGCUGUCAGGGAGGUGGGCAGGGGGUGGACGAGGGGAGGGGGACAGCGAGCGGGGAAGGAGGGCGUGCAACGAGUGCGCGGACGGGGAGAGUGUGGACGACCGGAGCGCGGACGAGCAGGGCGUGCAGACGAACAGGGCGCGCGGACGGCCAGGGUGCGGAUGA